CGUUCCGCUCAACAACAUACGGACACACUGUGCAGAAUUAUGCCGGCGUACGUGCGCGCCGAUUCAUAUUUAGUUGCUGGCAAAGCUUAGGUGUUAUCCCAGAGUUGGUAUUUUUGAACCCCGGGCCUUACUUGAUGUUAGCCUUCCUGGUGGUAACACUGCCGGGGGAAAGGCGACAGAGGAGGCCAGGCCCGAAGACAUGGAGGCUAGCCGUCCUUGCAGAGGGAGUGAGCUGUAGGACGUGGUGAUUUCUCCGUGGGGUUGGCACUCCUAGUAUGGACCCCGGCCACAUCGGAGGGGAUAUGUCACCUUUGUAUAUGCCAAGGAAGAGGAAGCCUGUCCACUCACAGUCAAAAAGUGGAGUGCCAUGUCCAGCAGUUGUCCAGCGAAUGCCAGAAAGAGCCUGUGAAUUGAAUGCAGUUGGGUACCCAGAGGAUGACGAGUCCCAAACAGAAGACGGAGUAAAGAUGAAGAGAACUUACACUAGGAAAAGGUAUGAAGACCUCCAGAGUGUUUCCCUGGGAACAGUAGAUUAUUCGACCACCAGCUGCUCAGUGAUGUCAUCAGAUGGCCUGGCCAAUGGGUCAGACCCAGGGUCCAUGGGCCCGCCCACUGCAAGGCUCCCCCCAAGACUGGUCGCGAAGGAUGUGUGGCCUCAAGGCCCAGAAGCCAGCAGGGAGCAAUCCCAGCCUCAGGACCAGAGCUGGAACUCCAACAGGGACCAAGGACCUGAAGCCUGGACUCCGGGCAGAGAGCGACCCCAGGACCAGGUGUGGAACUCUGCCAGAGACAGAGGGGGACACUCCAGUCAAGACCAGGCAUGGAUUCCAGGCAGGGACAGAGCUCACGGUGGACCGGACCAGGCCUGGAUGACGGGACGGGAGCGAGGUCCUGAGCAGGGCUGGGCAGCCGGCAGAGAUCGAGGUCAGGAUCAGGCCUGGAAUGGAGGCAGAGAUCCAGGAAGAGAGCGGGACUCGUCAGGGCCAGAGCAGGGGUGGGGUACUGGCCGAGGCCCAGAUCAAGCCUGGAGCAACACAAACAGGGACAGAGGAAAUGUCUGGAGACCUGACUUGAACAUGAAGAAAGUCCAGAGACCAGAGAUGGAGCGAAGCCCUGCUCUCAAUAACUUCACACAGCCACCAGAGGGCAGAGAAUCCUGUUCAGAUGCAGCCAGUGUUGGUGAGGCCUCGAGAGCUCAGCUGGACGAAGACCAGAAACCUCCAAUUCUGCCAGCUAAGAAGGAACCUCCCACCUAUCCUCCAGGAAGCCAAGAGGAGCGUUGGCAGCUGCAGAUCGUUGCCAAAGGGAGAGUCACGUGUCCAAAAUGUAAAAGUGUGAGCAGAAAGACGGUGGAGGGGCUGAAGAAACACAUGGAGAACUGCAGACUGCAACCCUUCACCUGUCAGCACUGUGGAAAGCAGCUCAAGUCUUCAACAGGGAUGAAGUAUCACAUCAUGGCUGACCACAGCCACUUGCCUUCAGCUGAUGAUGCCAAGGACCUGGAUGAUCGUGCCAUAAAAGACAAACUGCGUAAAAUCCUGAAGAGACUGGGCAAAUUAAAAUGCUCUAAAGAGGGUUGCAGCGCUGCAUUCACCAGCAUCAUGGGCUACGUGUACCACAUGAAGAAGUGUGGAAAGGAGGAGUCUGAGCUGGAGAAGAUGCUGCUGAACUGCUCUCACUGCGGGAAAACGUAUAAAUCUAAGGCUGGUCUGGAGUAUCACCUGAAAUCAGAGCACGCUCCUACACCACAGAAGGCUGAUGAAGAUGAGGCGCUGAAGGCCCAGAGGGAGGCCAAUCCAGAGAGGACGGCCAGCGGCAGGGUGCAGAGAGCCUCGGCCCAGGUGGCCAACUUCCACCUAGCUGAGAUAGCCAACAACGAACUGCCCAAAGACUGGCCCAAGAGGAAGUUUCAGUCCGACCUGGUGCCAGAUGACAAGAAGUUGAAAUACGCCCGACCGGGCCUGCCUGCCUUCAGCCAGGAGGUGCUGAGGAAGUGGAAGAAUGAGGUGAAGCUGCAGAGGAAAGUCCAGUGCCCCAACCAGGGUUGUGGCUGCACCUACACGAGUGUGUCUGGACUGAAAGCUCAUCUGGGACUCUGCACAAGGGGCGAGUUUGAGGCGGGUAAAUACCGAUGCCUGAUCUGCAAUAAAGAGUUUAACUCUGAAAGUGGAGUGAAAUACCACAUCAACUCCGUCCAUUCACAGGACUGGUUCGUGACCAACAAAAAGGCCUCCAAGAAGUUUGAGAAGUUCCUUAAAAACCAGCCCAAAGAGGUUGUCCAUAAUGUGGAGAAGCAGACUGUUGAUCAGUACCACCAUCAUCACCUGCAGCAUCAUCAUCAUCAUCAUCAUCAACAGCAGCAGCAACACCACCACCACCACCACCACCAUCAGCAGCAGCAUCAGCUCCAGCACCAGCCUCUACAGCACCCACUUCAGCCACUACAUCACCUCCAGCACCAAACCCAGUACCUCCAUCCAGAGAGGCAGAACGUCCCUCCACAAGUGGACACCCAGCCCCAGCAGCCGAUGCUCCAGUACACUAGUUUAGAGCCUCCUCCGGGGCCGAUGUGGAUCGAUAUGGACCGCAGAGGAGCCGUGCUGGGACCGGAGCAGGCCCCGAUCGAAAUGGAAAUGGCUGACAAACCCGAGGAGGACAGAGGCGGGAUGGUGGAGGAUAAAAGGCGAGAAAAGGGAGGUGGAGGGGUGAGGGGCAAGGCUGACGGGAAGCAGAAGGAUUGCUUCGCUUUCGGCGGCAGCGGCGGAGGUGGCGGUAGUGGGGGCAGCAGCAGCAGCAGUAGCAGUAGCAGCAGCAAUACCGGCAGCUCGUCCAGCGAAUCGGAGGUGGAGCUGCAGGAGCGGCAGAGACAGAUUGACCAGUGGAACCUGAAACGACCGGGCAUCAUGGGCCUCUCAGUGAGGUCAGAGAGCGACAGAGAAACGCUUAAAAAGACCUAAAAAAAAAAAACAGACGUUCCUUAACAUUUCAGAUGAUUUCAGCUGAUUUUAAUGGAAGUAAAGAAAAAAAACCGGUGAAGUAAGAAAAACAUCUGCAGAUGUUUUCCACGAGACAAACAAGUGAGAGAGCAGCUGACACGUUGGAAGCGAUGGCGGGCACCUUGAAGUGAUCAGCGUGGAAAAAUCAGACUCCACUCCCGUUUCUAGAGGCCGUUUCUCUGUCUUGAAAUGGCUGUCGUCGUAAAACCUUGAGAAAUGUAGUUUAUCUGUGUGUUUAUCUGUAACAGAUUGUUUUCACCAACUUUAAACGUCUUAUUCUUUUAAAAAGUUUGAUAAAACUCUUCCUGUCUUUUAUGUUCAUCUUAAAGGGAAAAGUUAACCUGAAGAGAGACUGCCAGGUGGAGAGUUUUGUUAUACUUGUCUAGUCACGCUCUCUCUCUGAAGACGUUUCGUGCCUCUCGAGUGUGAUUAGUAUAACUUCAUACUACUCAUCGCUUUUACUUACGACUGAUCGCCGUUCUUGGCGAGAUAAUGUUGGAAAUGACACUUUUCUGGUCAGAUUUGAUAGAAAAAAGGAUUGCUUUUCUCUAGCUUGGAUUCUCCACUCUGUUAUUGUGUCAUCCUUUCAAGUCAGUUUGUCUAUUUUUUAAUGCCUUUGUAUUGUGUUGCUAAUCUUUAAUGAAAUUUGCUGGCAGCUUACAGAAGCAUGGGUAUCUGUGCAGUGGGCAGGUGCAUUCGGAGCAGUUUAGGCAAGAAGGAGUGAAGCUAAUCUGAUGGAAAAGCAAAAAAAUGAAAGCGAGCUAACACCUUAUUUCAAAAAGUGAACUGGAAAGAUCGGUACCACUCUUGUUAAGUGCAAAGCAGUUUAUCCUUCCGCCCCAGGUUAUCACUGCAGGUCAUCAUCAGCUAUAGAGAAAUAAUGAGCAGUCCAAAGCCACUGAUCCCUUGAUCCUGAUCAUUUUCUGAUAUUUUUAAGACCAUGUCACACAAUUUUUCCUUAUUUCACUAAAUAUAGAUGUGAGGAUGUUUAUCCCUCUCAUCACUUCUAAUCCCAGCCCCAACAUCCUGCAAACAGACAAAUUUGACCGAGCACGUGGCCACCUUAGUGUAGUUACAGGUGGGAUUGUUUGAGGGAGCUUUAGAGAAUGUGAUAUGUCUCAACAAAUGUAGAGAUUAAACAGUGAGUGAUGUACGAGACAUGACUUUUUUAGACCUGUUGAUCUGUAGGAAUAUUUCAUUUGCCAAAUCCUAGUUCAACUUCAGCACUGAAAAAUAAUCUUAAUCCAAGCUCUGCUUACGUGCUGCAGUCCAAGCUUUCAAUCACAACCUGUGGGCAGAGCUGCUAAAGCAGACUUCAUCUAGAAGACUCGAGGUGUGGGUGAAAGCUGUGGAAAAACCAGCAAGUCUAACUUUGUGUGUUUUGGUUUCGUUUUUUCAUGUUUUAAAAUCAUUUUAAACAUUCCAAAUGAGACACAUAUGUUUUGUAAGUAGGGGAAUAAAGUAAUAAAGUAAACAAAAGAAAACACCAAUAAAUGUCCAAAAACUCUACUUAGUUUCUGUGCUGUCACAUGAAGAGCUGCACUUUCUUCCCCGGUGCAUAACAUGCUUUUAUAAAGGCAGGCCUUUGGCUGGUUCUUUAUAAUGUAACAGCACUGAAAUAUUACAAGUAUCCACAGCCAGAACAGAUUAUUAUAAGUCAGAUUUGAUUUUUUUCUCGUGCAGUCAGGUGGCGUGCAUCCUCUCUGGCUGUCCUUCACUGGCGUGGAUGCACCGAUGAAGGGAAGAUAAAAAACAUUUAACAUGAAGGAUAUUUGAUUUUUCUCCUUUUUAGCCGACAGCAUGUAGCCUGAAGUUUGCGUACUCUGCGUUUUGUAUCUACUGUAGUGAGAUAUGGUUAUGUCAGUCAGUUCUGUGGUGUUUUACUACAAAUUUGCCUAUUUUUUUACAACUUUAUUUUGAAUGUAUAAACGUGUUUAGUUGUUGUUUCCCCCCUAUCUCGUGCACUCCUGUUGAGCUGGAUAAAUGAACCAUUUAACACAAAUCGUCCUUUAAUCUGUGAAACUAUGUAAAAAAAACAAAAAUUACCCGAUGACUGUAUUUACUGUGUCUGUUGGUUUAAAGUGCUUUAACCCUCAUUACCCUCCAUCAGAUGCCUUUAGGACGAACAGCUGGUGCUGAUUAACUUUGAAAUUAGAAAACCUCUUAGGAGGCAUCUCAAAAGCAUUAUUUUUUUAUUAUCAUUACUGUUCUCUGUUAAUGUUAGGAAGUGUCGGAGAACCUUUGGUUCUGACUCGUCUCAGCUCCAACUCUGGUUUUUAUUUUAUUUUUAGUUUACAUUUCAUAUAACCGUGUUGACACUAACCAGUACACGUUCAUUUUGAUGGUGUGUUUAUGCUGAUGAGAAUGAUUAUAGGACCCAGGUCAGUAGUUUUUAACCUUCGGUUGUGCUCUCAUGAAAUGAAGCCUUCAUGAGAGGCUGCAUUUUCUCUGUGCCCACUUUAUUAAGUACACCUGUGCAAUCUAAGUCGAUUCAGUUCAACUCAUCAACUGUAAAGGCUACUUUCUAUCUAAAAUGUUACAGUUUUGGUUAAUAUAUGAAAUGUUCUGUAUUCUAAUAUGAUAGACAAAAACUUUUUUUAUUUUCAGCUCAAAAAUAAACAUUUCUGGCAUUUUCAGCAAAAUCUACUCAUAAAAAUUGCAAAUGUAGGAGUUUUUUUUAGAGCCCAACUGAUAUACAGCAUAUACUUUAGUUAUGCUCAAAGUUGGGAAAUGUCUGUUAGAGCAGCCAAAACAUUAAACACAACCUGUAACAAAAUAGCGUACAGCCAAUAGAAUAGCUUACACAAAAGGAAGGGGCUCAAAUAAGUAGAAAAAAUAUUGUAAAAGCUCAAUAAGUAAAAUUCUCAAUACUUUUGGCUUCUCCCUUUUGGGUUUGCCACAGCAGAUCAUCUGCCUCCAUCUCAUCGUCUCAUCCUCUUCUGUCACACCAACAAUCUGCCCGUCCAUCCAUAAACCUUCUCUGUGCUCUUCCUCCAUUGUCAUCAUCCUUUAUCCACUUUCCCUCCUCUGCACAUAUCCAAACCAUCUCAGCCUGAGCUGUCCCUCUGAUGUACUCAUUUCUAAUCCUGUCCCUUCUCUAAAUACAAUAAAGUGAUAUACAGUGGAAAGCUGAAAAUAAUGCAAUGAAGUGACAUGUGACAGCUACAUGUGCUGACAGCAGAGAGGAAGCAGCUCCUCCACAUACCAACCUUAAAUUACUCGGCACAUUAUCUCCUUUAUGUUCUGUAAAAAGGUAAAAAGUUUUGAGAUGAGGGCAUAUCUGAAAACAUGUCAGUUCUCAUGUAUGUGUUACAGGCUGAUAUGGGGCGGUGAUAUUGUCUAAACAUGGUUAUGGUUUGAAUUUACAGCAGAGCUGAUGUUUUGAACUGCUAAAGAUUGCACAGACCUCAUCAGUUGGUUGUUGAGUGUAUGUCUGUGGUUCAGCCCAGUCUUCAGAAACCUGAAAGGGUGGUUUAUAAAAUAUCAAACAUAGAUUAGAAGGAUUGUGUGAAAAAUGAGACAGUUUGCGUUGAUUUUUUCCCCCUUUUUAUUGCCACAGAAGUUGUGUUUUCCUGUUUAUCUGUUAAAAUACUUCCAAUAUUGACUCAAACUUGUGACGAACUCUUUAUUACCCUCAGACUUUGUCUUCCUGUCCUCAUAUUGUAGAACAGCAUCUUUUUCUCUUAAUGCUGGAGCACAGUAAUGACAGUGUGAGCCAAUCAGGAAAGCUGUUUCUGUUUCAGAGGAGUUGUAGCUCUAGGUUACCCAAUGGAAAUUAAUUUUUUUUUAAGUUUUGAAAGUUAUCUUGAUGCUGUCAUUGGUGAUCAUGUAAAAUCUUGGUUUAAAAUGCUGAUUUGAUCCUAACCUCCUCGUGCUGAGUGAUUGUUUUCAAGAGGUUUUGGUUCAGUGGUCGUAUUAGAUGUAAUGCUGGGAGCUGAACUAGGUUAUUAACGGUGAAGUGAAGGAGUUUUUUUUUAAUUAAUGAGAAAUUAAAACUGUUGUCUUGUGACUCCACCUUCAAACCCCACACAGAAACAUUCAGUAUACGGUAUCAUCGAGGCCAGAUUUAAAUAAAGGGUCGGUCAGUUAGUACCGUUGGACCAUUUGUAAACAGAGAAAGUGUUUGAUUUUUCAAUUUUGUGAGACAUGAUUUCUAAUGAAGGGAAAAUAGUUUUUGUCUCUAUCAACACCACAUUCAAAAUCUGUAUAUUUGAAAUGGUUACUACUUCUUUUUUAUUAGAAGUUAUGUGCUGCUAUUUCAUAGUACUGGCAGUGUUAUAACACAUAAUUAAAGGUUUAAUUCAUGUUCACUUUGAGUUCUGUGUCUUAAUAAUAUUGAGUGGAGACUGGGGAGAGCAAAGCCUGGGCUUCUCUGCUUAGGCUGCUGCCCCCCGUGAAAAUGGAUGGAUGGAUGGAUGGAUGGAUGGACUGGCACAUGGAGGACUAGGUACAAGAAUCACCACAGUUUAUACUGUAUAAUACUUCACAUGUCAAUUAACUGUCAAAACCAGGCCAAAGUUGGUUUUGUUUAGUGGAUGUCCAAGUUGGGUACAGGAUUUAUCUAAGCUCA